UGAAUGCGAACAGACUGGUUGUUCAUAGUGGAAAUUAUUUCUGCUCCCCUCGCGAUCGCCAUUCCCUCCUGCUGAUCUUCUAAGCCGCCCCACUGGGUAAUUCUUAUACGCCAUCGCUAAGAUCACUUCGUCAUUGUGCAUAAGCCAAAGAAAUGAUGAUUUACAUCCACGACAUCACAUACAAUACAGACAGGUGCGGAUAUGAACAUAUACAUGCUGCACCGUAUAUUUCACUUCCAUCAUACGCUACCCACGCAGUCUGUAUGAGCCCUUCGUGCGACAUACUACACCAUGGAUGUGAUCGGCUCUGUAUCAGCGGUGCUAGGCAUCGCUGAGGUCGGCAUCAGCACGUCAUUCAAACUGCUCUCCUUUGCGGGACAAGUCAAAUCGUCCCCUAGUACCAUCACCGGCAUCGCACAGGACACGUCCCUGACAGUGAAUAUGCUACAGCAACUAGGCGAGCUAAUGAAGCAACAAGUCCCAGCUUGCGGAUCAUUCAACGGGGAACUUUCCGGCGAUAAAGCAGGUGCUAGCAACGGUAUUUUCAACAAAGAGGGCUUGCAAACCGCGCAGGAGCUGGCGAGUAGAUCCGAGGAUAUCUUUCACCGCAUCGACCAGGAGCUGAAGAAAGCGAGCAAGCAGAUUAGUCGGAAAGGACUUAAUCGUGGAGAGCCUAUUAAACUGUCCGCUGCUGAGAAGCUGAAAUGGCCGUUCUUUCAGCCUCGGAUAGAAGAGAUUCGCGCAGAGCUGAAAGAUGUGAAAGCGUCGUUGACGUUUCUACUGCAGAUUACGACGCUGUCUUAUUCUAGGUCGGUGGCUGAACGUCAGAAUUCAAAGGGGUCAAAUGCAAAUAUUAUUCUACUGUCUCCAGAUGAAGAAGUAGUGCUGAGUCGAUCCAUCCUCGCGGCUUACAAGGAAAACGCUGCUAAAGGCACGGGAGUGGGCUUGGGAGAUGGCGAUGUCACAAUAUUAAAUGUCAAGCCCACAGAGUCUAAGAAUAUAGAUCGCGGCCCUCCUCCGAAAUACGAUUCUCAGGAUGUUGGAACAUCGAAUAUUCAGGGUCAUAGCGGGGAUCCAGUCUCGAGUUCUUCAACAGCCAAGCUAGAAGCGUGGACUCUGUAUCCCACUGUUACCGUUUCCGCAUCGAACAACCAUUCGCUGGAUCAUAAUCUUUCUCGCUGCCCAAUACAAGAGGAAAUAAUCCAGCAGCAACUUCCAAAGUGGAAAUCAGAAGCCAGAGAUUCUUUAUGGAGCCAGUGGACGAAACUAUCUAAUAAUGAACAAGAGGUGAUAUCUGCAUUAGGUUCGCAAAUCGACUGGAUCCAUAUUGAAGAGCCGCGGCCAUUCAUCAUUGGGCUGCCCGAGGUAAAAGGACGAACUGUCUACUUCGUCGUGAGAAAUACUGCCACGUUCGACACUAUUGUUUCCACCUCAGAAUCGCCUCCACAGACAAGACUAGGAAAAUUGCAGUCACAUCACGAGACUACGCUACGAACAAUCUCCGCGCCUGUGCAGGAAACGGUGGUAGAGGAAAUAAGUUAUCAAACAGCAGAGCUUCCACAGAAAUCGAUACAAAGGCAUCACUCCGCUGAAACAUAUGCUGUGGGUGACACUUGGGAUGCCACCGAGUCGUCAGAUAUUGAUACAGAGGAGCCAGACGAGGACUGGGAGGAGCGAAAAAUGGUCGACGACUUGGUGGCUAAAUAUACGAAUGUAAAUAAGAGCCAUGAUAUUUAGGACAGACUCGGAACAGCUUGAAUUGCCUCACUUUUCCUUU